AGGACCGGAAGCAUCUCAUUUUCACAAUGAGUUCAAAGUGAGAAGGGGAGAAAAGUUCGAGAAAGCUGAAAAAGCGUAAAAAUAUUUGCGUUUUAAUCGUUAACGCUAAAAAUACCGAAGCGCGCACGCUUAACCGGGUUGGAUGGAGCGCGCGGGGCGCGAGGACGCGCAGAUGUGAUGAUUUGGGGUGGUUAUUGGGUAAUAUUGGGGUGAUUUGUGGUCAGUCUGGCUGGAGACAGCGUGCUAGUUUGCUUCGCAAACAAUACGAUGGCUAUGACCCAGGAGGGCGGGGUCCAGUAUGAACCGGUGGCGGAGAUCGGCGGUGGUGCAUAUGGGACUGUGUAUAAGGCUCGGGAUACACAGAGUGGUCAGUUUGUGGCCCUGAAGAGUGUCCGUGUUCAGACUGACCAGGAGGGCCUCCCGCUGUCAACAGUUCGAGAAGUGGCCCUGCUGAAGAGACUGGAGCAGUUCGACCAUCCAAAUAUUGUCAAGCUGAUGGACGUGUGCGCCACACUGAGAACAGAUCAGGAGACAAAAGUUACGCUGGUGUUUGAACACGUGGAUCAGGACUUAAAGACGUAUCUGGAGAAAGCUCCAGCUCCAGGACUUCCUGUUAGCCGAAUUAAGGAUUUGAUGCAGCAGCUGCUUUGUGGGCUCUCCUUCCUGCACUCUAAUCGGGUUCUCCAUCGGGACCUGAAGCCUGAGAACAUCCUGGUCACUAGCAGGGGGCAGGUCAAACUCGCAGACUUCGGCCUGGCUCGCAUUUACAGCUGCCACAUGGCACUCACCCCAGUGGUAGUGACGUUAUGGUACCGAUCUCCAGAGGUCCUGCUCCAGUCCACCUACGCCACACCUGUAGACAUCUGGAGCACAGGCUGCAUCUUCGCAGAGAUGUUCAGACGCAAGCCUUUGUUCUGUGGAGAAUCAGAAGUGGACCAGCUAACAAAGAUUUUUUCUGUUAUCGGCUUGCCAAGUGAGGAGGAGUGGCCUACUGACGUCACGCUCUCCCGACGGAACUUCAGCCCCCAAAGCCCCCAGCCAAUCACAGACUAUGUUCCUGAGCUCCGUGAAGAUGGAGCAGACCUUUUAUUGAAAAUGCUUACUUUUGACCCGUUGAGAAGGAUCUCUGCACUGAAGGCUCAGGAGCACCGGUUCUUCUCUGAACACACUGGUAACUCUUAGGACACCCCGACUGAGAUCAGUGCGGUUCUGCAGUGGAAAUGUUCGUGAUGUAAUUACCGGUUGCGUCAGUGGGCGGUUUGCUUGCCGGCUGAGUGGGUUCAGUAAUCAGAUGGAAACCUGGGAUGCCAGCAGGUCACGCAUCCAUUGGACGGCCGACUCUUAAACCUGAAUGUUCUGUGUUUGAAACCCUGCUGCGGCGUAAUGUUUGUACAUGAAGGGUAGACCUUAAUUGUUUCCUCUUUCUUUUUUUUUUUAUUUUAUUAAUAACUUAAAUAUGAUCAAUCCAGUCCUUUUAAUAACAUUUGUCUACCAACCGAAUCAGCGCACACACUGUGCUGUCCAAAAGUAUGUAGACACCCAGCAUUUCUGCUGAAAUUAAGAAUGUUUUCCAGAAUUUUUUUUUUGCCUUUUACUGCAGUAGCAACCUUUACCCUUUUAGGAUGCAAGAAACACUUGCUGUUGGAACAUUUGAUUUCAUUCAGCCCAACAAACUCAAUCUGUGUGUGCCAGCCAACUUAUUUUAGAAGCCUGUCCGUAUACUUUUGGACACGUAGCGUAUGAAUAUAGUAGCAUUCUGGACUAACGGUAUGGAUGAGUGGAUGAAUGUAAACGUUAAGCCUCAUUAAGAUAAUCAUUUACAGCUCUGCCCAUCGGCAGGAUACAACUGAUUAAUAGGCUUUUAUCGUUUUUCAAAAUUAAAGUCCUCAGUGGUACAACCUGAGCACUCUGUACUGCACGUUUCCUCAGUAUCAGACAUUUUAUUUGAUUUGAUUUUAAGCAGCAACCAGUUUAAUUUUAUUUUUAAUUUUAUUUUGUUUAAGAGCAUAGACACCAUUCAGUGAUUUAUAAGUUAAUAACGCAUUUUACGUAAGUUUAACCGUUAAUAUAUAUUCUGGUGGAAUUUCCAAGACAGGAUUACCUGACUGACAAUCUUUUUACAUUGACUUCCAGUGAUUUAGAUAAUAAGGUCCUGUUUGUCGCUGUUUGGAGAUACAAGUUUUUUUUUUUUUUAUGUAAAUAAACCAACCAUUACUGAACAACCAUUUCAACAACUGUAUAAAAAAUUUCCAAGCAUAAAGGCAAGCUAGUCCAGAGAGGCGUAACGCAUAAAUCCGUUAAAGCAGAAUUCACUGCCGAUAAAUAAUAUAAUAUGUCAAAGUGCACAAAAUCAUUCCUGUUUUUAUUAUGUAUUUUAUAUGACCUUAUUUUUAUACACCGAUAUGAUCAACAGUGUCAGGCUACAGUGCAGGGACUUGCACUGCACUAUGCUGCCCCCUACUGGUAACGAUAAUCAGUACACAUUAACGUUGAGUGUAAGCACAUCACGUAAAAAUAAGCUAAAAUACGUUCAUUCCUCUUCCAGAAGAUGUAUCGUUUCUUUCUCUAUUUUGUUGAAGGGAAACCACUGCCACAAUUCUGUAUAAUUAAGUGUUUUUGAGAGUAACUCAUUCGGAGUUAUGUGUUUGCCACACUACUCCUGCAUGUUGCAUAUCAUUGCUGUUCAAUGCAAAAAAAGAUCUCCAUUUUAUUCCCCCUAUUUUCUUUCCAAUUUACACGGCCAAUUACUCAACCCACUUAUUAGGACUUUAAUAGGACUAAAUCAUUAGUGAUGACCCAACACCAGGAGAGUGUAGACUAGCACAGCGACUCGGUUCUGAUACAUCAGCUCACAGAUGCCUCAUGCUGAGCGACAUCACCCUUUGGAAUUAUGUGGGGAGAGAGCGCUAUCUAAACACCCAGAGAGAGCAAGGACAAUUGUGCUCUUUCAGCACUCCAGCAGCUGAUGGCAAGCUACAUGAACAGGAUUCGAACCAGCGAUCUCCUGAUCAUAGGGGCAGCGCCUAGUUCACUGGACCAUUUGGAGCCCAAGUAUCUCCAUUUUUUUUUUCUGUUUUAGUUUUCUACAAAAUUUGAACACACAAACUCUCUCUCACACUGGACCAAUAGAAAUUCUCAAAAAUUACCUGAAAAGAACUGUUUUUACACUGACUUCCAUUGAAAGUGAUGAAGGUUUUACCUCUCUUCUGUAAAGUUGCUGUUUUGAAUAUACUUGUUUUUCAUUGGACAGCAACAAGAUAUGUAUACUUCCUCCAGUUUUUAAUGCUAUGCAAUUUUAAAAGCAUUUUUUGGAGACGAGUCAGAACUCAAAAAACAGGGUGUCGGGCAUUAUGUGGUACAGUCAUAAUUAUUAGAUGUAAUAACCUUCUGUGGGGGCGGGGCUUAGGGGGUGCUUUAGAUGUCUGCUUCCUUUAGUCACCACCACUGUACGCUAUUUUGACUGUGGAAGAUUUUUUAUUAUUUUUUUUUUUUUUUAAAACAGAGUGUCGGACCCCUGUCUGAGUUACUUUGUUCACAUCCUAACUAUUUAAUUAUGCAGUGAAAUUUGGAUAAUUUGGUGGGUUUCCCUUCUAAGCAGUCUUUCUGUAGUAUAAGUUGUGCAAGUGCUGUUCAGCAGGUUCAGAUCGGUUCUCCAGCGCUGCUCUUUAUUAAACCGUUGUUUUAAGCCUUAAGAACUUUGAGACCAACACUAUUUUCCUGUUCACAAACACCAAGUUAGAGUUUCUUUUGGGCCAAAAUGUUCAUUUCAAAUCAGUUCAAGGGACUGUAGCCGGUGAUUAUGGACCAAACUUUUGUAAGAUCACCAUGUUCUGCUGAUGUUUGCUGGGAUAUCCUGAAUUAUUGGCCUCAAUAAUGCAAAAACAAGGAAACUGGUAUAUCAGAUCCUGCUUUUUUUUUUUUAGAUAUAUAAACAUAUCUCAGUGUUUUAUUUUAAAGGAAUGUCGUUGUCUGUAAAGGAAUGUGUUGAGAUAUUUUUGUUCGGUGUGAGUUCGGACAGUAGGUGGUAUUUCUGUGCCGUUAAGUGCGCGCUCGCAUUCAGGUCAGUAGGAGGCGGUGAAUGUGGAACUGGUCCCAAGUGAUUGUUAAUCCUCUGUUCUGUCCUUCCAAACUGAGUUUUGUAUCACUUUUCUGGACCUGUAACACUUUGAUGUUGCUGAACUCUAUUAAAAAGCUGUUUAUCGUU